GUCGGCAGCGCCAUGUCCUCCCCCCAGAAUGGCUUCUACCGGCAGGAGAUCACCAAGACCCUCUGGGAAGUGCGGGACCGCUACCGGGACCUGCAGCCGGUGGGGUCCGGCGCCUACGGAGCCGUGUGCUCAGCCGUCGAUGGAAGAAGUGGUACCAAAGUGGCCAUUAAGAAAUUGUACCGGCCGUUUCAGUCUGAACUCUUUGCCAAACGAGCUUACCGAGAGCUGCGUCUCCUGAAACACAUGAAGCAUGAAAACGUCAUUGGAAUUUUGGAUGUAUUCACACCAGAUGUAACACUGGAAAAGUUUAAUGACUUCUACCUCGUCAUGCCAUUUAUGGGAACAGACUUGAGUAAGAUAAUGAAACAUGAGAAAUUAACUGAAGACCGAAUCCAGUUCCUAGUAUAUCAGAUGUUGAAAGGCUUAAAGUAUAUCCACUCAUCAGGCAUAAUUCACAGGGUUUUCUCAGUUGGUGCCUUUGAUUUCUUCUUCAAUGGGAGCAAAAAUUGGCAUGGCUAUGUCAGUGAUCUAAAGCCUGGAAACUUGGCAGUAAAUGAAGACUGUGAAUUGAAGAUCCUGGAUUUUGGAUUGGCAAGACAUACAGACAGUGAGAUGACCGGCUAUGUGGUUACAAGGUGGUAUAGAGCCCCAGAGGUCAUACUUAACUGGAUGCAUUAUACUCAGACAGUUGACAUCUGGUCUGUGGGCUGUAUAAUGGCUGAGAUGAUUACAGGGAGACCUCUGUUCAAGGGAAAUGAUCAUCUGGACCAACUCACAGAAAUAAUGAAAAUAACAGGUACACCAACUCAAGAUUUUGUUCAAAAAUUGCACAGUCAAGAUGCAAAAAACUAUAUCAAAAGCCUCCCAAAAGUCCAGAAGAAAGAUUUUGCAUCCGUCUUGAAGUAUGCGAAUCCUUUGGCUGUAAACCUCUUGGAGAAGAUGCUAGUGCUGGAUGCAGAGAAGCGAGUCACGGCAGCUGAGGCUUUGAUGCAUCCUUAUUUUGAACCAGUUCACGAUCCUGAGGAAGAAAUUGAAGCUGAGAAAUACGACGACACAUUUGAUAACAUGGAUCUUCCACUGGAUGAGUGGAAACGCAUUACAUACAGAGAGAUACUGAACUUCAAGCCACCACAGACAUUGGACUCAAAGGAGACAGCAGUGUAAUUGUAUGGCUGAGUAUUUUCAGAACUCUGAGGACGGCAGAAAAGUUGUAAAUGUUCGUGACAUUUCAAGCGUAUAAAAUAUUUUGUAAGUAAGCUCUAUGUAAUCUGUUUCAUCUGCACUGUAAGAAAGAGCAAUGUCCUUUACUCUACAUGUGGAAGUUGGUGCCUUUGGGAGUAGCAUUUCAAAAAUAUCGAGAAACUUAUUUCUGCCUACAGCUUCUUCUAUCUGCACAAAAGGACUCAGACUGCAAUAACCUGGUGCCAUCCUCAAAAGAGCAGGACUAAUUCUUCAACUCAGAGAUCAGAAGAAUACAAGUUACCACCCCAGGCAAGCUGAGAACACAGUAUGUCUGAUGUGCUGUGACUGCCCUCCAAGGCCACUGAACUAUCUUGAAUGCAAGAAGUAUUCAUGUGACUUCCUCUGGAAUAUUUCACUUUGCUGAGAUGCCUGGGAAGGCUAAUCAUCUUUUACCUCAGGGACUGCAGUGGGUAGCAGAGACACAGCCCAAAUGAGUGCCUGCAUCCCCUGUCCUAUGUGAGUGGAAGUGUUGAUGUCCUAGAUUUUUUUCAAAGUAACCAGCAUAGCAGGACAAGAUUUCACAAACUUGAUAGAUGAACAGUCACUGGUUAUACAAUCACUGUAUCGUAUUUUUCUCUGAAUACAUUUUCUUUGUAUAGUAGACAUGGGAUCAAGGAUUUCCAGGAAGAAUUUCUUCAGAUUUCCUAAAAUUUUGUAAGCUCUCUAACAUCUUAGUAUUGAUUAUCUCAGAUGGUCAGCAGUGCUGAUUUUAAAAAUAAAGCCGCAUGUAGGUCACUUUAUAGAAAAUGAAACGAGGACCAAAAUGACACACUGCAGCUCUUCAUCGGGAAUACCUGCAGCAAGCUGUUCUUUUUCACAGUGUACAAAGCUUUCACCAGGUGAAGAAUAAUAAUUAUUCCCUUUUUUUGCCCUUUUGAACUUACAUUACCAGGAAAAACCUUCAGACCUUUUGUUGAGAGGUACCUUAGCAGAAGUCAACUUCCUGAUGGGAUAGAUUACUUAGAUGCUUCCCGAGUUCCUCUUGCUGUCCUCUUACUGUAAGUCUCUGAGAGGUGGGAAAAAGAGCUGGCAAACCUCUGUGAAGAAUUUCUGGGUGAAAUUGCUUGUCUUUCUUAAAGGCAGUAUUUUCACAAUUGACUGUUUGGAUGUGGGUUAUUCCCAGUGUAGUAGUACACACUGUAGUGUGUUACUACUGAGUGAAAUGACUGUGAAAGAAGACAUUUGAUCUUAGCAGGUAGUAACUGGAACAAAGAAAAAAUUACUUUGGAGGUUUUUUGCUAUAAUAUCCAAUAUAAGCCGUAAGUUUAAUAAAGACAGUUAUUCUGUUUCUUUCAAUGAAUGUUUGAAUUAAACACGUAUAAAUACUAGCAUUUGUUUAAAAAUUGUUUGUGAUGAGAGUUGAUUUAGCUGAGGUGGACACCUAGAGAGCCUAAAUAGUAAUAGAAACCUUAAAUUCAUGUAUUUGACAAGUCAUUAAAAACUACAGUUUCAGGAAUGCAUGAAAAAAAAGGCAGAGAAUGUAAAUGGAAUCAAAAUAUUUUUCCAAGCUACAGGUUCCUCACAGAGGAAGGCAUACUUAAGAGUCAUACCCCCUUUUGUGCUAUGGACUUGCUACUUGGUUUUGGUUAGUUUCUGUGUUGAACAGAAACUUUAACUUUUUACACAAAUAGAUGUUUUCUCUUAGAAUCAUAUUCUGUGGUCUUCUUAAAAGUCGUGAAAGAAAAGUGCCUAUUGAAAUUAGUGUUGAUAGACCAAGUCAAUGGGAAAUGAAAAAUGUCUCUCACUUGAAAAUUCUGCCUCUACAUUUUAAAUGGAUUUCAGCAUCCUAAAUUCUAGCAAAUGCCUAAAGUCUGGAGAUAAUGCAGAUAGCUCAAAUGUUAGUCAGACUUGGAGAGAGCAUUUUUUAAAUUCGAAAACUGCUUUGCAUUUUCUUGCUAAAGGCCAACACUUAGUUCCACAAAGUCAAGCCCUAAAAUCCUCCAUUGGCUGAGCUGAACUUUUCGCUCUUUUAAUUUUAACUUAGCACUGGAGAAGCAGCCAGCACACAUGAGAAAGACAUAAGAAAAUACUGUUAGCUUUUCUCGGUAGUGAAGAAAUACAGAACUCUUAAAGUAACUGAAGACCUUCAUGCAUGUUAGCAAAGACAGAAGUACUGCUGUGCCACCAGCAAACAGCAAAGGCAACAUCAAGUUGGUCAAGAAGUUUCUGUGAAGAGAUUGAUUUCUGCAGAAAUGGUUUCAAGUGGCAGUAGGUAUUAUUAAAAGAACUGUAAGGUGAAAGCAGAAAUACUUCACAGUGGAAGCAGCUGCUACUCCAAAGGGAGAGACUGCACUUCCUAAGUUUUUAUUUGCUGUUCCUACUUGUGCUAAGCAACUCAGGUGUAAGAACCCAAUUCCUA